AACAUCAAUGGGAAGCAAUCAAACAGUCUGACUUAGCUUCAAGACUAAAAGAAAUUAAAGUUCUGAUUUUAAUAAUUCCUGAUGAAGUUGAUAAAUUGUUCCUAUUGAAGAAGCUGAAUGUCUUGGUUAUAAUUCCCAAUACAAAAUUUUGUAGGAUUCCUAAAGUCGUGAAUAG